AGAAAAUCUGGGAGGACUUGAACUGUACGCCACAAGCUAUUUUCCAUGUAUUGUUUAGUAAUUUAUUAGAAAAGCCAAUGAAAAUAAUAGUAACCUUCACCCGAUUUGUAUAAUUUUUAAAAGAAAACGGAUAAUGAGGCAGACGUCUGCUUUAACAUGAAAAUAGUUAACUUUAAUAGCAGAGCUGUUUGCUACAUCGUAUCUUUUUGUUGUAUAUACGUGGCGCUUGCUUGCCGAGGUACUGAGUUAAAGUAUUUUCUAGAAUAACGUUUAUGAAUAAAUCGUUAAAUACGCUAAAUAUUCGCACACACCAGAAAAUGGAAGACAACUGUCAAUUGUUUUACUGGUAAAUUUUACCCACGCAUUGUCUGAUCAUGAGGGUGGUCUUUGUUAUGCUGGUCUUGCUGCUGAGGGUCCAGCAUGCACACUCAGCAUCUAAAGGAGUAAUCGCCAGUCUUCAGGCCAAAUGGGCUAUGACCCCUCUGCUGCUAGAAACAAGUGAGUUCAUCAGAGAGGACAAUGAUGAGAAGUUCUGGCAGUUUGUCGAUACUGUGAAGGAGUUAACUGUUUACAAAAGUGGAGAGUCUGUCCGGUCAUAUUAUAACCUGAUCAUCAAGAAGGCUGGACAGUUUUUGACAGACCUCCAGGUCAACCUCUUGAAGCUCUCUCUGUCUCUCAGGGCUUAUUCACCAGCUGUACAUGCUUUCCAACAAAUAGCAAGUGAUGAACCUCCUCCAGAUGGGUGUGCUACUUUUGUGGCUGUCCAUGGUCAACAUGCCUGCAACACCAAGGACAUGAAGAAGCUCCUGAAGACAGCUGCUGGCAGGCCAAGACCUUAUCUAUACAAGUCUGAUCACCGGUACCCAGGAGUUAAUGGGACUGACCUGCCUUUAGUUGUUCUUUAUGCUGAAAUUGGCACUAAAGAAUUCAGCACAUUUCAUAAGGUGCUGUCAGAGCGGGCACAGGAAGGCAAACUUAUUUACAUGUUGCGACAUUUUGUGGCUGAGCCGAAAAAGCAAAGAAUGCUGUUGUCUGGAUAUGGUGUUGAACUGGCUAUAAAAAACACUGAGUACAAAGCCAUCGAUGACACACAGGUUAAAGAUUCCAAAUCAGCCACCACAGAUGAAGAGGAUGAAAUUGAAGUCCAAGGUUUUCUGUUUGGUAAAUUAAAAAAGUCUCACCCGGAACUUAAAGAAGAACUUGGUGAGCUGAGGAAGCAUCUUUUGGAAGGCACCAAUGAUAUGACUCCUCUUAAAGUGUGGGAGCUUCAAGAUCUCAGUUUCCAGGCAGCAUCUCGGAUCAUAAGUGCACCAAAGUUUGAUUCCCUCAAACUGAUGCAAGACCUCAGCCAAAAUUUCCCCAGCAGAGCCAGAUCACUGACGAAGGUGGCCGUAAACCAAGAGAUGAAGAAGGAAAUAGAAGAGAACCAAAAGAAACUGAGUGACUCAAUUGGAAUCCAUCCUGGAGAUUCCAGUCUUUUUAUUAAUGGAAUACACAUUGACCUGGACCUUCAUGACCCUUUCAGCAUCCUGGAUAUUCUCAGAGGAGAGGCUAAGAUGCUUGAAGGUCUUCAUAACCUUGGCAUCAGAGGAAGCAGUGUCAGUAAGUUUCAGUUUUUACCAACGGCUAACACUGUGGAGGACAGCUACGCUCUAGACAUUCGUCACUCAGCCAUAAUGUGGGUUAAUGAUAUUGAGAAGGACUCCACUUAUCGCCACUGGCCCUCAAGUCUCCAGGAGCUUCUCAGAGCAACAUUUCCUGGUGUUAUCAGACAAAUACGCCGUAACUUCUUUAACUUGGUUUUGUUUCUCGAUCCGACACAGGAAGAGAGCAUCGAGUUGGUGAAAUUAGCAGAAAUCUUUUACAAACAUAAUAUUCCACUGAGGAUUGGAUUUGUGCUGGUUGUCAGUACAGAUGAUAAAGUAGAUGGAUAUUUGGAUGCAGGUGUUGCUCUCUUUAGAAUAUUAAACUACAUUUCAGAGGAGUAUGAUGAAACGCAAGCUUUUACAGCAAUGGUGUCAAUAUAUAACAGGGUGGAAGUGGGUGAGACUCUGUCAGUGGAUACAAUCACUGCAUAUCUAAAAAAGAAAUUUCCCAAAGCAAAUGCUGCCAGAAUUCUUGGAGACGACUCAAGCUAUGAUGACAACAGAAAGGCUGGAGGAUUCUUUUACAGGAAGAGUGGUUUAGGUGCCCUACCGGUGGGUCUGUUUAAUGGUGUCCCACUCAGUAGUGAGGAGAUGGACCCUGAAGAGAUGGAGACAGUUCUGCUGCAGCGCAUCAUGGAAACUACCAACUUCUUCCAGAGAGCUGUCUUCAUGAGUCAGAUCACUGAGGGUGUUGAUGUUGUGGACUUCCUAAUGGAGCAGGCAAAUGUGGUUCCCCGCAUCAACCCUCUGAUUCUGAGCUCUGAGAGGAGAUAUCUGGAUUUUACUGCCUCACCAGUUGCUGAUGACUGGGAUGACCCCACUAUGUUCUCCUACAUGGACUCCAGGGACAAAACAGCAGUUACUUCAAAGAGACUGAAGUAUUUCCUCAGAGAUGAAGAGGAGGUGGUGUAUGGAGUGACUAUGUGGAUUAUUACGGAUAUUGAACAGGCCUCCGGGAGGCUGUUGCUGCGUAACGCCUUGAAACAUAUGAAAUCCAGUGGCUCCAACUGUCGAGUGGCUGUGAUCAAUAACCCUAGCCGAAGGCCCACAGAGGACAACAGCGGUCUGUAUCGAGCCGUCUGGGCAUCACUUCUCACCCAAAGCAGCAAGAACACACUCGACUUCACUUUAAAACUCCUCAAAGAGGAGAAUGUUGAGCUGCUCAAUCAGGGCACCAAGAUUAAGCACUUGCUUAAACAGGGUAUGGACCAGGAUGCAUUUGAGAAGAAGUUCAACACAAUGGAAGUAGAUUUUCUGCACAGCCAGCAUCAGUUCUGCAAGGAUGUUCUGAAGCUGAAAGCAGGACAGAGAGCUGUCGUCAGCAACGGCCGGAUCCUGGGUCUAUCGGAGGAAGAAGAGUUAAGUGUGGAUGAUUUCCAUCUGCUUGAGAAGAUCACACUUCAGACUUCAGCAGAAAAGAUUAAAGCCAAAAUCAAGCAGAUGCACUUAGACGCCCAAAAAAGCAGUGAUUUUGUCAUGAAAGUGGACGCCCUCCUGACUGCGGCACCUAAAGGAGAGGCCAGAAAAGAUGUCAAAUUUCUAAAGGACAAACACAGCGUUCUUCAUCUAGCACAGCGUGAUGAUGAGGUCUUCUUUGACGUGGUUGCUAUCGUGGAUCCUCUCACCAGAGAUGCACAGAAGUUGGCUCCUCUAUUGAUUGUGCUUGGUCAAGUGGUCAAUAUGAAAGUGCAGGUGUUCAUGAACUGUCGAGCCAAGCUGUCUGAGAUGCCCCUGAAGAGCUUUUAUCGAUAUGUUUUGGAGUCAGAUGUUUCCUUCUUCGGCAAUAACUCCCUAUCGCCUGGCCCCAUGGCCCGCUUUACCGAAAUCCCAGAAUCCCCUCUCCUCACUCUCAAUAUGAUAACCCCUGAGAGCUGGAUGGUCGAGGCGGUCAGGAGCCCGUAUGAUCUAGACAACAUCCACCUACAGGAGGUCAGUGGUGUAGUAAACGCCGAGUACGAACUGGAGUAUCUGCUCUUGGAGGGCCAUUGUUUUGACCUGUCCUCAGGUCAGCCUCCCAGAGGACUUCAGUUUACCCUGGGCAUGAGACGCGAACCUCUCAUGCACGACACCAUUGUCAUGGCAAACCUGGGCUAUUUUCAGUUAAAGGCCAACCCAGGGGCCUGGAUUCUGAGGCUACGAGAGGGCCGCUCUGAGGACAUAUAUCAAAUACAGGCGCAUGAUGGUACGGACUCUCCUGCUGAUGCUGGUGAUGUCACUGUAGUGCUUAACAGCUUUCACAGCAAGAUCAUCAAAGUGAGAGUUCAGAAAAAGGCAGACAAAAUCAACGAAGAUCUACUAAGUGAAGAAGCAGAAUCCAAAGGACUGUGGGACUCUCUAACAAGUGUUUGGAGUUCUUUGGAGAAAAGCUUUGCAGGUGGCCCAAGUGUAAAAGAUGGUGACCAGAAGAAGAAAGACGUUCUCAACAUCUUCUCAGUGGCCUCUGGACAUUUGUACGAGCGCUUCCUGAGAAUAAUGAUGCUGUCUGUCCUUCGACACACCACAACUCCUGUCAAGUUCUGGUUUCUCAAAAACUACCUUUCUCCCUCGUUCAAGGACACUAUUCCUCAAAUGGCGAAGGAAUAUGGUUUCCAAUAUGAACUGGUCCAGUAUAAGUGGCCACGCUGGCUUCACCAGCAAACAGAAAAGCAGCGCAUCAUCUGGGGUUACAAGAUCCUUUUCCUAGAUGUGCUCUUUCCUCUGGCUGUGGACAAGAUCAUCUUUGUUGAUGCUGAUCAGAUUGUCAGGGCAGAUUUAAAGGAUCUGAGAGAAUUGGAUCUAGAAGGAGCUCCCUAUGGAUAUACUCCAUUCUGCGAUAGCCGAAGAGAGAUGGAAGGCUACCGGUUUUGGAAAACAGGCUACUGGGCUUCCCAUCUUGGACACAGGAAAUACCACAUCAGUGCACUGUAUGUGGUGGACCUAAAGAAAUUCAGGAAGAUAGCAGCUGGAGACAGGCUUAGAGGACAGUACCAGGCUUUAAGCCAAGAUCCCAACAGUCUGUCCAACCUGGACCAGGAUCUUCCCAACAAUAUGAUUCAUCAAGUAGCCAUCAAGUCUCUUCCUCAAGAGUGGCUAUGGUGCGAGACAUGGUGUGACAACAAUUCCAAGGCAACUGCCAAGACUAUAGAUCUGUGCAAUAACCCAAAGACCAAAGAGCCCAAGCUGAGUGCAGCGGUGAGGAUUGUUCCAGAAUGGUCCGACUAUGACGAUGAGAUAAAGCAAUUUCUGAGACAGGUGAAAGAGCAGAGAGAGGCGGCGACCCGACAGGGAAGCCCAUCCUCAUCAUCACAGCACACGGGCACCAAACGGGAUGAGCUUUAGCGCCGAGUGCUCACAGCGGCAUAGAGGAGAGUGAUGAUUGCACCUGAUCUUCCUGCGAUGCUUGAAGUCGACAGUCAUACAGAGAUGUUUUCUCCAACAUACACCAGGAAAUACCGUUACACUGCAGCUGUAUAUAUCGAACAGUAGGGAUAAUUUGCAUGUGAUUGUCAUUGCGCAUCUUGUCAGUAAAGCCGGUUCCGUAAUUAGAAGUAAAUCGCCAUCACUUGCUUUCAGAUGGAGCGGCAUUUACUACACAAAGCCGUAGUUCACUGAAGAUCGGACCAAUUUCACAUUAUUGCGGACGUAUCGCCAGUGAUAUGGCCCAGCUUGUUAUGAACUACAGCUUUGUGUAGUAAAUGCCGCUCCAUCUGAAAGCAGGUGAUGGCGAUUUACUACUAAUCAAGGAACCGGCUUUACUGAGGGCAUGCGCAUGAUAUCGCAUGCAAAUUAUCCCGCAUCCCUAUCGAAUAGGAAAUGCACGCUAAAAUAAAUGGUUUUUAACUUCAUGCCAUUUUUGUAAUUUAUAUAUGAUUUUGAAUGAAGGUUCAAUCUAUUCGAUUUUUAGAUGUAAACUGUGCUGAAUACAUUAAACUGAUUUUUGUAACAUUAUUGACAGGAAGGAUUAAAGAUAUGCAUUUUGAGAUGUUUUUGGGCAUUGGCACUGGUUUACAUGUAGUGUAUUUAUAAAGGAAAUAUUGUCAAUACUGUGUACAUUCAUCCAUUGAAAACUAUAUAUUUACUGUUUUGCCGUUCGUUUCACUGUUUUGCAUUUCAUGUAAUAGUUUCAAUGAGAAUUCCGUCACCUUUUUUUCAUCUUUGUGGCAGUGUUUACAUAUGAAGGGUGACUCAUUUGUGGCUUUUAAAAUGCAGUUUUUUAUUAUGUAUUGAAUUUGCUUUAGCAUUGCAGAAUACACUACAACAUUGAGCUCUCUGAGCUUCAAUCCACAAAACUACUGUAAAGUAGGUACAGUGAAUACUAUCAUAGUGCAGAUACUUAAUAUCUAUUGAGGUGUUACUUAUACAUUUCUUGUUUUAUAUGUUUUCAAACAAACAUCUUACUAUGCCUUGAAUGUACAAGGAUGUGGAUUAUCUCAGGAAUAAAGCGAUAUUUUAUUCUGA